AUGAAGAGAUCAUUGUGCCUGCCAUUUUCCCCCUCUUACCCCUACCCUACACACAUUUCUAGGUACACCAUGUUCCCAAACUUCAGAUCACUUGAGGGUUGAGACACUGGGGUCAAUUCAAGCAGUCAUCAAUCUUUCUAUCCCAGUAUCUCUAGCAAGACUUUUGACCUGGUUGUUCUGAGGAAGACCAGAGUGGUCAAGAUAGUGGCCCCUAACCCCAUUUAAGAGCUCAAAUAUAACUUUUCUCCAAUUAUAACCAAUAUGGUACAAAACACUGAAAGGGCUCUGAAGAUCACAACAUACAGUCAGGUCUUCACAGAGGCAUUGUAGAGGUGGCAGCUUUCAGGAAGGCCCAAAUUUGAAGCCCUUCCAAAAUCUGCAUGUUCACUUUCCUAUGAAGACUUUAAGCCCAGAUAUUUGGAUCAACAUACAAUAUUGAAAAACCCAGUUAGCCUAAGUAAGCCAAGCUUGCCUCUGGCUGUAAAACAUGAAGAAAGUGGAAUUUUGUUGCACAGACUUUGCCAUCAAGAAACAUGUCUGCCUGCAUGGAGACCAGAGGAUGGGCCAAGAGAGAUAACACUGCCUGAAUGGAUCCCCAGCUGUGAAGUUCCCCAGCUCCAGACAGGGCUGAUGGAGCUGCAGCAUUCCCUCUCUAUGACAGCAGCACAAAAACAUGUACAUGAUUCUGUAAAAGGAGAGAGAGAAAAUCCUCACAGAUAA